AUGAUUUCCGACCUCCCCCUCCACACCAUCCCUCCCGCCAGACCACACACCCACACCGUCAUAUUCCUCCACAGGAACAGGCACUUUGCCCGCGAGACCGUCAACCAGCUCCACGAAGCAACCGACCUCUCCUGGCGCUCCAUCAUCCAGAACUACGCCUCCACCAGAUGGGUGUUCCCCCAGGCACCCACCGACGAGUCCAUCAUGCCGUCGCUCCUGUCGAUCUCCACAGGGAUACACCAUGGUGUACAACGAGGGGAGCCGAGCUGGUGGAAAGAAGCCGUGGGUGAGGAAGAUGAGGAGGAGGAGGAGGAGGGGAAGAGAUUAUGGGAUAUGAUGCAUGGGCUUGGGCAGAGGAUCAAAGAGCUGCAGAAGCUCAUACGGAAAGAGGUCGUCAUGCUAGGAGGUCGCUGGGACAGGGUCAUCUUCGGGGGAAUCGGUCAUGGAGCGGGCAUGGCGCUGAUGGCUCUCAUCAAUCUGGACGACACUUCUUCGCCAGGCCUUACAGACGACGACAGACCUCAGCCCCUGGGCAGCUUCAUCGGGGUAUCGGCUGAACUGCCCGCCUCCAUCCCAACACUCAUCUCGACGCCCCUCCUCACGCCCAACGAAGUUGCCCCCGAGGGAAACCAGGUUUUGCAGAAGACGCCCAUGCUGCUGCAGCAUUUUCACAACGGCGGCGUAAGUUACAUGCAGAGGGGCAGGGACCUGCGCGACUAUCUCCGACACAGCGCGGGCGUGGAACUCGUCUGCUGGAAGGAGUACAUGAACGGGUGGCCGUAUCUGAAUUCGCCGACGGGGGUGGAGGACAUGAAGACGUUUCUCAAGGAGAAGAUGGAUAUGAGGACGAACUGGUGA